GAACUUUCCAUAGAUAACCUGUCCACCUGUUCCAUCAAGUCCCAGCAAUUCAGAUUUCAAAUGCUGACCCUUGAGAGCAGUUUCCAGCAUCACAGAAGUAUCCCCCUGAAACCAGGGGCCAUUGAAACUGCUUCUUGAGAUGUUUCCAUCUUGUUCUUGGGAGCCCCGAAACAUGGCUGCAGGCUGUGUACCCUUUGAAAGCUAUUUCUCCUUCUCAGGAGUCACAGGCCCAGAAACUCCCAAAUUACCAGCAGAGAAGCCCCAGGGAGAUGCCACGUAUUUAGGAGACCCCUUGCAUGGAGCACCAUCUGGAGUUGAUGAAUUGAACAUGUUUACCCACCCGAGAGUCAUUCAGAAACUCCGGAUGAGGGCCAUUCCAAGGAAGAUGCGUCGUACCCCGAAGAAUACACUGGUCUUGGAAGUGGAAGGCACAUUGGCAUUGUCCUCCUUGACAGCUGUCUGGGAUAAUGCCUCAACAUUCAUCACACCUUUCCAGGAUAAGUACUAUCAGUUUCUGGACUCUUGUCUCUUUGAGGUUUCGAUAAAGCUGAGACCGCACCUCCCUGAAUUUCUAGAAGCCCUGGCCAAAAUCUAUGAGAUCUUUGUGUUCACCACUGCCAAGCAAGAUUAUGUUGAUAAAAUUUUGAAGGUCCUUGGACCACGGAGAAAGCUGAUCAGGCACCAGCUGUAUCAAGAGGACUGUCUCUGUAGCCAUGGUUCCUAUGUAAAGGACUUGUCAGUAUUGGAAAGAGGUCUGGAUAGGACUGUGGCGGUUGCAACUUACCUGCAAGCGUUCCCCUACCAGAUGUCCAAUGUGGUGGUGGUCCCUAAGUGGGAGGGUGAUUCCCAAGACAAAGAAUUGCUUCACCUUAUUCCAGCGCUCCAAACGAUUAGCCAGGCAGUUGACAUUCGCACUGAAAUAGAGAGAAAACAUCGUGGCCAGGGGAAGGCUGAGAUAUAACGCCCGCUUCUGUUAUGAGUAACCUCUUCAAAUUUAAUUUAAACUCUCAAAGAGCUUAAAUCAUAACCUAGCUUGGAUAUUUUUGGCCAGCUAUCCCAGAGGACCUGUUUCAGUUCUGUUGCCUUGAAAUGGAUAGAAGUCUGGGGGGUGAUGAGCCGUUGAAUCACUUGGUGCAUUUGUUACCAUUUCAGGGAAACAACGGAUGCACCAAAAUGGUCUUUCUUUUGAUAUCUAAGUAGGGAGAGAAACCAAUAUUGCUCCAUCCAUUAUGUAUGUACCCAUCUUUCUCCUGCUGGCAAUAUAUUUUGAGGUGUGCUUGGAAGGAAUGUCUUCCAAGUACCUCAAUCUGUUUAUUUCUUGGCUUCUGCAAAUGCACAAAGCAGAUAUAAAUAUAUGGUUUCUGACUCAUCAAAAGGCUUCCAUACAGCAUUAACACCAUUUUUAAGAGGCUGGGCUUUGCAGAAGAGGUUCUUUGUACAAAAAUACUUCUUUUUGUGUUUUAUUUCUGCUAUUGUCUUUCAACUGUAAGUGCAAUGUCAUAAACAAGUAAUAAAAUGAGAUUUGUUUUC